AUGACGCCACGUCUCAUGGGCAACCACCUGAGCAUAAACCAACGGCCUGAGUACCAAGGAGAUGCGCAACGCAAGGGUCGAUCCAGGGCUAGCUCCUACACCAAGGCCAAGUGGACGGUCGAGAGAGAGAUGUGGCAGUCGUCGCUGCUGUACCCGCCGCCGGCGUCGGCCUUCGUGACGGCGAUGUCUGUGGUGUCGUUCGCGUCGCUGGCGUCCGCGGGCCUCUCUGAGCUCCGCAGCCAACACAUGGCCUACUCCAAGUUCUGGCACGUCGUGUCUGGACAGCAGCAGAAGAAGGGAGGCACCGGUGGCGUGCAGCUGUCGGGCCGUGACGGGAUGCUGGUGGCCUACGCGCCGGCGCUAGUCGCCGCCGCGGCGUCCUUCGUCGUGCCGGGUACCGUGGAAGGGCUGCGCGCCGAGCUCCUCGCCGUCCACUUCCUCAAGCGUGUCCUCGAGGUACUCUUCAUCCAUCGGUAUAGUGGGAACAUGCCACUCAACACGGCGCUCGCCAUCUCCUCCAGCUACCUGCUCAGCGCCAUCACCAUGAUCUACGCGCAGCACCUCGCCGUCGGACUACCUGACCCUACAACGGACCUCCUCUCGCAACUCAGGAAGGGAGGUGACGACGAUACGGGGUACAAGAUCCCCAAAGGCGGGCUCUUCGAGUUCGUCACCUGCCCGCACUACCUCUUCGAGAUCACCGGAUUCUUCGGGUUCGCGAUGAUCUCACAGACGGUUUAUGCGCUCGCCAUGGCCUUCGGCACGGCAGCCUACCUCGUCGGCCGAAGCUUCGCCACCCGGAGAUGGUACGAAUCCAAGUUCGAGGAAUUCCCGACGAGCAUCAAGGCUCUGGUGCCCUAUAUCUUGUAG